CCGAUUACAAGGAUGUCAUAUGUUGCAAUGUGGGUGUACUAUAUUGUUUUGUGGCUAUGACCAUCAUUUCUAGGGCGAUCCAAUUUGUAGUUGCGCAACGCAAAGCCAACUGGAUGUUAAAGGGCCGCUGCUCUCAGAGAAGGAUAUUACUUCUUUAAAACAGGAGAGUGAAGUAUCUGGUUGGUUUAUAAAGCGUUAGGCACUACGCGGUUCGACUCCUAACAACGCAACCAUCUUUCGCUUUUGAGUCAUCGAUUGCGUAGUAACAACGAAUUGCGUUCGUUUGAUUUAUCAUACUUUCAACGGAAGUUUAAGCUACUGAAUAGAUCGGUUAUCCGCACUUCGAAAGCUGAACAUAAUUAUGGGGAGCACCUUCUACUGCAAUAAUCGUUUUCAUCCGUAUGCUUCUGAGAUCAAAUCCAGACAGCCAAACACAGAAACGACAACAGAACAUCGAAAGCCUGAAAAUCCUCCAAGCAACAUACCUAGUCAACAGAACACUGACACAAAAUCUACGAAGGACUCAUCUCAAGUUUUGCAAAUCGGAAAAUACCUUAUAUUCGCAAGGAAUAUAUGGAAUUCUUCAUUGCAUCGUGCUGUGGACGUGGAAACCCGUAAAGAGUAUUCGUGUCGUGUUACGGGGAUAAAUAAAUAUAGAGAAUUUGUCACUCCGUAUUUCGAGAUAGAGGAACAUGAAAAUGUGAAUAAAAUAGUAGAGGUUUUACUUGGAGAAGAUCAGGCAUACGUAUUUUUUGAACCGUCGUUUGGCGAUCUACAUUCGCAUGUUAGAGCAAAACGGAGACUGAAAGAAGUAGAAUGUUGCAAACUUUUUAAACAAAUCGUCGAGAUUGUUGCACAUUGCCACGAAAAUGGAGUUAUACUUCGAGACUUGAAGCUUAGAAAAUUUUGUUUCCAAAAUAUGGAAAGGACUCGUUUGAAACUAGAAACAUUAGAUGACGCCUAUAUUUCACACACCCACGAAGAUGUCUUGACAGAUAAGCACGGUUGUCCAGCUUAUGUGAGCCCAGAAAUACUUGAAUCCACUAAUGGCUACUCAGGAAGAGCUGCAGAUAUAUGGAGCUUAGGCGUGAUGCUGUACACCAUGUUGUUUGGAAGAUACCCCUUUCAUGACAAUGAGCCAUCUGCUUUGUUUUCGAAAAUUCGAAGCGGUCAUUUUGUCCUACCUGACUGCAUAUCAUCAAAAGCAAAGUGUCUGCUCAGAUCAAUUUUAAGAAGAGAACCAUCAGAAAGACUGUCAGCACAAGAAAUUCUAGAACACCCUUGGUUUAGAUCUCCAGUCACGUCCACAACUUCCAGUAGAUUUGAAAGAAGAUAUGUUGACCAAUGUGUUCCAGAUUUAGAAGACAGUAAAAUCACAUCAUAGUACUUCCUUUAAAACUUAAAAAAUUAGGUUUUUAAUCGUUUUGACCGUGAAGGUUUUUGGCUGCUUUGUCAAUCUAUGAUUUAGAGUAGACUAACAUAUUGAAAAUUAUCACAGUAAACAACAUUCCAUUUAUAGCUAGCCUCUAGACACCUCUCAGUAAAAUAGAAUGCUGAUUAAUGAAAUUCUGUUUAUGCCCGUUAUUUUCAUUCAUAUAUGAAAUAUGAGGUCUUACUACAAUUAACUAAGCCAUUCCAACUAUAGGGUAGAUUUUCUGACUUGGUAGACAGGCAAAUUGUUGCCUGAGCUCUGCACAACCCUCAAAGGUCUUUAGCUAGAAUAAUUAGCUUAUUCUAUUUUGCACUAGUAGAAUACCUAAAUUAUAUUUUGAAAUCAAUUGUAACAAAGUUGUUAUAUAUAUUGUAAAAAGUCUGGGAAUUUCCAUUCAGCUAAGGUCUCAGUUUUGCAUCUUCGUGUCAUCGCAAAAUAUGGUAAUUUUUUAUUUUUAAGAAAGACAAACACUUGAGGGGAAUUCUUGAAUGGUCCUCAUGAAAGGAGACGUUUCUAGUUGCAUGCACUUUGCCUUGGAUAGGUUUAAAAUUUACUUUGAAUUUUAGGGGGAGGCUGGUACUUUGUGAGUUUCCUUUUACAUAAAGUUCUUAAAAACAGUUAUUAACGAUAGUUACGAAUAUUAAUGAUCCUCCCAUUCAACCUCCCUUUUCUAGCAGUUAGUCUAGAGUGUCAUUCAAAGUGUUUGCUUUCGUGGGGACCAAUAUUCAAACUUUAUUCAUAAUUUGUUAAUAACGUUAAUGUUAAUAUUAUAAAUAACACCACUGGGUGGUUUUUAUCUGUUGUGUGUUGAUGUUUAAAAACUAGUCUGAUGUGUAGUAAAGAAAAAGUAUGCACAUCUCAUUUA